AACAGAAGCAACCCAAAUUCCCAAUCGAAUCCAUUGAAAUCAUUCACCUGUCCUAUUCUCCCUCUUCAAUGGCGGACGCUCCCUCAUCUCCGGCAACCCUGGACCCAUCCUCCCAACUCCCCACACCCGAAUCUGGAAACCCAAAUCAACAACCCGAUCCGCCUUCGGCUUCAGCAACGACGCCACCGCCACAAGAAUCAUCAACACCCCUGACUUCUAACUCUACCUCUAAUGCACCGCUGGUACCGCCGCAGCCUCCCUUGAUAACUUCCUAUGGUCCUCCGCCGAUCUCUGGCGCCAUGACCGCCGUGCUGCCGGCUGGACCGUCGUUCCGUCCUGUUCCACUGUUUUCUCCUCUUCAGAAUUAUCAACUCCCUGGUGUACCACCGCCUGGCGUGAGUGCCGCUCCAGUUGUAGCUCCCGGUUCUGUUCCGACCCCUAUGAUGCCCUACCAGGUUCCGCCGGGUCAAGCUCCCAAUCCUGCUCUGAGACCAUUUGCGCAUGUGCCUAAUGGAUAUGCAGCUAUUCCGGGAGCUACUGUUCAGGGAGCCAUGCCUCUUCCGGGACUUCCUCAUUAUCCAUCUCCAUACCCAACAAUGCUUCGGCCUUUGUUUACUCCACGCCCACCUGGAGCAGUUGGUGUAAUUCCAGCAGUACCACGUGCUCCUGUUGGCAUUCCUGGUGUUCGCCCAAUUCUCCCUCCUGUUGUUAGGCUAGGCAUUCUUCCCACAGUUAUGCCAGCAGAGAAACCUCAAACUACUGUUUAUAUUGGCAAGAUAGCACCGACUGUAGACAAUGACUUUAUGCUCUCUCUUCUUUCCCUCUGCGGGCCUGUCAAGAGUUGGAAACGUGCCCAAGAUCCCACUGAUGGGACUCCUAGAGCCUUUGGGUUUUGUGAAUUUUAUUCUGCUGAAGGAGUUCUUCGUGCGUUGCGCCUGCUUAGUAAAUUUAAUAUUGAUGGGCAAGAAUUGUCAAUAAAUGUUAAUCAAGCAACAAGAGAAUAUUUGGAGCUGUAUGUCAAAAAGAAAAUGGAAAAUGCAAAGAAGAUCAAAGAAACACAAGCUGGAGCAGAUGAAAAAGAGGGUGAAACUGAAGCAGGCAAUGAGAAGAGUGAACCUUCAAUAGCUUCUGUUGAUGAUACCAAGGAGGACAGUGAUGCUGGCAACAAAAAAAAUCUUGACAUUUCCAAUUCUGGGAUUGUGACUGAUGAAGACCAGGAGGCAGACAAAGAGGCUUUGGAAAAGCUUACUAGCAUGAUUGAGGAGAGGUUAAAGACCAAACCCUUGCCUCCGCCCCCUGCACAACCAGCCCCUGAUAGUUCCAUGAAAUCAAAUUCAGAGAUGCUAAAAUCAAAGGAUGGGGAUUCUGAUGGAGAUAUGAUGCAAUCAGAUGUAGCUGAAGGUAAAAAUGAAGAGGAGACUACUAGUGACAGUAAAGCAACAACAGAGAAUGAUAAGCCUGAGUCAAGUUCGCCUGAUCAUAGAAAUGAUAGGAGAAGCAGAGACAGAGACAGAGACAGAGAGAAGGAUUUAAAACGGGAAAAAGAGAGAGAAAUUGAAAGAUUAGAAAGAGUAACAGAGAGAGAAAGGGCGAGAAAAGAGAGGGAGCAAAGAAGGAAGAUUGAUGAGGCAGAGCGCGAGUAUGAGAAGUGCCUUAGAGAUUGGGAGCAAAGAGAAAAGGAUAAAGAGAAACAGAGGCAAUAUGAGAAGGAAAGGGAGAAAGAGAGGGAGCGCAAACGAAAGAAGGAGAUUCUUUAUGAUGAAGAAGAUAAUGAUGAUGAUGAUUCUUCAAGAAAAAGGUGGCAUAGGAGUGUGAUAGCGGAAAAGAGGAGGAAGAGGUUACGGGAAAAAGAGGAGGAUUUGGCUGAUAGGCUUAAAGAAGAGAAAGAAAUUGCAGAGGCCAAAAAGAUGGCUGAAGAUCAGCAGCAGCAGCUGCAGCAACAAAGAGAUGCAUUGAGGCUUUUGUCUAAUCGUAUUGUGAAUGGAGGUGAGAAAAUUGUAUUGGCUGAAGAGUCCACUAUUGAAAGCAAAGACAUGUCUGUUGAACGUCAUUACGAAGGUGAAUCCACUCAUGAAAACCUAAGAUUAGUUGAUGAAUCGAAUUUGGCAUCUAUUGCUGCAUCAGAUGCACGGCAAAGUGGGAAUGCACCUGCAAGAAAGUUGGGGUUUGGUCUUGUUGGGUCAGGAAAACGAACUACUGUUCUAUCUGUUUUCAAAGAGGAAGAUGAUGAUGUGCGUAAGGACAAAAAGAUGAGGCCCCUGGUUCCCAUUGAUUAUUCAACAGAGGAACUGGAGGCUAUCCAAUCAACAGUUUCUGGAGCACCACCUCCAAAUCUGGUUGCAGCAGCAGAAUUUGCAAAGCAAAUAUCAAAUAUUAAUCCCAAAGCAGAAAAGCUUGAUGGAGAAAGAGAAAGAGGCAGGCGUUCUCAUGAUAAGUCCAGCCGGGGUAAGGACCGCAAUGACGAGGAUGGCAGUCGCACCAGAGAUGAAAACAAAGAGAAGUUUGCUGAGCGGGACCGGGAUCAUCGGGAACAUGGACUGGAUAAGUCGAAGACAGCAGAUACCCAGAAGCUUUUGGAUGCAAAACAGUUGAUUGAUAUGAUCCCUAAGACCAAGGAGGAGUUGUUCUCAUAUGAGAUAAAUUGGGAUGUGUAUGACAAGCAUGCACUGCAUGAGAGAAUGAGACCAUGGAUUUCAAAGAAGAUCACAGAGUUUCUGGGGGAGGAGGAGAAGACGCUGGUUGAUUACAUUGUAUCCAGUACUCAACAGCAUGUGAAAGCGUCUGAAAUGCUGGAUCUGUUGCAGUCUAUAUUAGAUGAAGAGGCAGAGAUGUUUGUUCUCAAGAUGUGGAGGAUGCUCAUUUUUGAAAUUAAGAAGGUAGAGACAGGUCUAGCUCUGCGGUCAAAAGGGUAAUGGUAUAUUUCUGUACUGUUUCUCCAUUUUUACAGGAUGGAUACUUUUACAAGUAUACCAACUAUACAUGGCUAUUCUCAUUUGGUAAAUGCUGUAUGUCAUCUUCCCAUUGUUGGAGAAUAAAACGUAGCUUACAAUCCAUGUUAUUUACAGUGCUUCAAAUUGAAAUCAUAAUUUCUUUGAAUUGUUUUCUUGCUCUUCUUGCAUAUAUAAUCGAAGUUCUAACCAAAGCUUGUUUUACGGUAUUCUCAAUUCUCUAAGCUUGUCUGAUGGAGAAAAGCCCAUCCUUAUUCAUCCACCCUAACUGUUGAUAAAGAGAGGCAGCAGCUACGGUGGGGGAGGAAGGAAUAGAGAGUGAGGCUCAGAAGUGGAAGAGGUUGAGAGAAGGGGAGGGGGCGGCUAGUGUUCUCUUCUUUUAACAUGUUCUGUGUCCUACAGAUUUGAUCAACCAUCAUAAACAUGGUUGUUUGGA